AUGGCCGCAUCUUAUCCCCGCCCCGACUUCCAACGCAAAGCUCUGAACUGGGCAUCUCUAGACGGAGCCUGGGACUUCAUCUUCGACGACGCCAACUCGGGACUAUCGCAGCAAUGGCCGCGAGAGGGGAUCCCCGCGCAAGCCGCACAGCAGCCGAAACGGCACAUCAAAGUCCCCUACGCAUUUCAGACCCCGGAAUCCGGCAUUGGCCUCUACGAAGCCCACGAGGUGAUGUGGUACGAGCGCACGAUCAGCGAUGUCCGCACUGCCGACGAAAAGGCCCAGGGUAACCGGCUGAUCGUGCGGUUCGGGGCUGUCGACUAUGAGUGCUCGGUUUGGGUUGAUGGACAUCUGUAUGGUGGGCACCGUGGCGGCCAUGUGCCGUUCGACGUCGACGUCUCGGAUGCUUUCCACCCGGGCGCGCAGACCGCGCGUCUCACCCUGCGUGUCCGCGACUCGCCGUAUGACCUGGCCCAGCCUCGUGGGAAACAGUUUUGGGGCCCUGUGCCGGAGAGUAUCUUCUAUACCCCCAGCGGUGGCAUCUGGCUCUCUGUCUGGAUUGAGAGUGUCCCUGUGACGCGACUGUGUUGUGGCAGCGGCGGCACGGUGCUCCGCUCCGAUGAUAUUGAGCGUGGCGAGCUCCAUGCCCAGGUUGCUGUCACUGGAUGGAUGAUCAGUGCAGAAUGCAAGGUCGAGAUCGAGGCGAGUCUCGGCGGCUCCCCGGUAGCCAAGGCUGAGAAGAACCUCCCGAAAGACCGCAACUUUGUGAACCUGGACCUGAGCAUGAAGGUGCCGAAUUCUGCGGAACUACAGAAGAAAGAGCCAUUUAACAUCGACGGAUCGUGGCACGACGGCGUGGCUCUGUGGGCGCCAGAGCACCCGAUUCUGUAUGACCUGGCUCUGCGCCUAUACAACGGCUCGGGGAAGCUAGUGGACGAGGUGGAAACCACAACAGGAAUGCGCAGUCUCUCGUGGCAGACCGGGGACGGCACGUUCCGCAUCAACGGCAAACCUGUCUUCCAGAUGCUGUUCCUGGACCAGGGCUAUUGGCCCAAGACGGGACUGACGCCGCCUUCGUCCGAGGCACUCCGAGACGAUAUCCAAAUGGCCAAAAACGUGGGAUUCAACGGGUGCCGUAAGCACCAGAAAGUCGAGGAUCCCCGAUUCCACUACUGGGCGGAUCGGCUGGGGUUUCUGGUCUGGGGCGAGUUCGCCAACGCCUACAAGUUCGGCAGUGACUACAUCGAUCGGAUUAACAGUGAAUGGUCUGAGGCUGUCAAGCGAGACAUCAACCACCCGUGCGUUGUGACCUGGACGCCAGUGAACGAGAGCUGGGCCUACACGUCGUUGAAAGACAACAUCGAGCAGCGCAACCACAUCCGCUCGCUGUACUAUAUAACCAAAUCCCUCGACCCCAGCCGCCCCAUCAACGACAACUGUGGCUGGGAGCACGUCCUAACCGAUCUUACCACAUACCACGACUACAGCGACUCGCCCGAGCUAGCUGCAACUUGCUCGAAGAUGGAAGGUGGGAUUCUCGGUCCGAAGGCAGGACACGACAUGUUCUCGAAGCCCAUCUAUUCGGGCUUCGGCGGCACUACGCUCCUGGACCCGGGUGCGCAGCACAAGCCCGGCGCGCCGGUGAUCUGCUCCGAGUUUGGAGGCGUCAAUAUCGCGCCGCCGAGAGAUGUUUCGGCGUCGGAGCGGGACUGGGGCUAUACCACAGCCAAAGAUCCGGAAGACUUUUUGCACCGAUUUGAAAAGUUGGUUAUGGCUGUGGUUAAGGGGGGUCAUUCGUGUGGGUUGGUGUAUACGCAGCUGUCGGACAUUGAACAAGAAGUGAAUGGUUUAUACUCGUAUGACCGCAAGGAGAAGGUCCCCGUGGCCAAGGUGAAGGCCAUCAUGGAUGCCGCUCAGGACUAUUACUACCAGCAUGUGCUGUCCCAUCACUCGAAGGGCUUUAAGAAGCUCUUCAAGCAGUACAAGCACGUUCUGCACAAGGCUUAA